CUGGUCGCACACAACUCCCUUCCCCUCGCUUCUCCUCUGUAGCCCUACCGCCGCCGUUGCCGCUGCCACGCCCGGCAGCCCCCGUCGCCGGCCAAAUCGUUGACUCAGACUACAGAUCCGGCCGCCCCAGUCUAUUUCCCGCCGGAUCCCAUCGUCUUCGCCGUCCGUCGCGCCUGGUGCAAGGAGCUGCGACCCCAUGGCCCGGAGGAGCUGUCCCCAACGCCAUUGACGCCCAAGAGACGCUCCCAAGCCAGGAGUGGCACCAGGACGACCGCGCCUCCAAGCAUAAACUGCAAGUUUCAAGUAUGUCUGGGGCUGCUGAAUGGAGCGUUGAAAACACUCAGAUUAUCUGCGAGUUGUUUGCUGAGCAAGUGAACGCCGGAAAUAGGCCAGGCAAUUACUUGACACCAAAUGCAUUUGAUGAGGUAGGAAGGCAAUUUAAGAUGAGAACUGGGCUAGACUACACAUAUACACAAUUGAAAAACAAAUGGGACAAGCUUAAAGGUGAUUUCAGUUUGUUCAAGAAACUCAAGUUCCGGGAGACCGGAGCCGGAUGGGACUAUGUGAACAACACCGUGUCACAAGAUGAUGAGUGGUGGAAAAAGGCCAAAAUUGACAUUAAAGGUUGUGGCAAGUUCAAGAAGAAAGGUCUUGCUAAUGAGCAAAACUUGCGGAUUAUAUUUGGAGAUAUCACAACUGAUGGUACAGACCAUUGGAAUCCCUCUUCCGGCAUACCUCCCCCCUCUAGUGCAGCGGUGAAAGCCGCCAUCAAUGUUGAUGACAUCGAAGAUCUUGAUUUGGAUGAUACCGAAGAACAAACAUCUCAGGCAACACCUACUUCAUCUAAAGUGAGGCUUGGGAUCGUCAUUCCGGAGAAGAAGAAGAAACCAAAGACCGCACAAGUGAUGUGUGAGCAAGUUACAAGAAUUGGUGACAUUGCUGAGGCUUCUCACUCAUCAUUCCAGUCUUUCAUGAAGCAAGAUGAGGCAAACUGUGUCACCUCGGUCAUGGAUGAAGUCAUUGCUUAUGGUGCAACAGUCGGUACCGGUGAGUUCUUCAUGGCUAGCGAGUUGUUUGUGAAGAGGGCGCAAAGGGAGAUGUUUCUGUACAUUCCUCUUGAGUCCCGAAAGAGUAGGACCUUCAAAAAUAAGGUACACUGGAAGAACCGGUGCAACAACACAGAAUGUGAUGGCAGUAUGUGACUUUGAUAUGCAUUUCACCUAUGCUUCAAUUGGACAACCGGGUUCUAUGCAUGAUACAAGUGUGCUAUUUCAUGCAAUUGAAAAUGACAAGGCCACAUUCCCACAUCCUCCCAAGGGCAAGUAUUACCUUGUAGACGCCGGCUAUCCUAAUAGGGAUGGCUAUUUAGCACCGUACAAAGGUGAACGCUAUCAUGUCCCCGGCUUUCAACGAGGUGCACCCCCAACUACUCCUGUAGAGAAGUUCAACCGGAUCCACUCCUCCAAGCGCAAUACCAUAGAGAGAACCUUUGGUGUGUGGAAGAUGAAAUGGCAAAUCUUGCUCAAGAUGCCAAACUAUUUGAUUCAAACACAAAAGAUGAUAAUUGCGGCUACCAUGACACUACACAACUAUGUCCGCCUCCAUGACAAAGAGGAUAUCCACUUUCUUCGGUGUGAGAGGGAUCCGGAUUAUGUCCCAACUAUUCCAGAGAGAUACAAGAAGUAUGUUAUUCCUUCAAAUGCAUCGGAUUCUUCAACACCCGCGGAAAGUGGUCCUAACAUGAAUUUGUUUAGACAUGAACUAGCUACCGCCAUUGCUCUUAGUUGGUGAAGUAAUCAUGUUCAUGUCUUUAGAUGUGACACCAUUUUGAUUUGCAAAUAUAUGCAAAUGAAACUUUUGUUGUAUGACAUAUAACAAAGUUGGUUAUCCGUCUUUAUUAUAACUUGUCUUAACUAGGAAUAUUUGUGGCAAGUUCAAAAAUA